UAUAUUAUAUAUUUCAUAUAUUUUCAAGCAGCGGGCCUCAGCGUUUCAUUCCUUUUUGUAGGUUUCCUGUAACGCUUUGAGGUUGGUCCACGGGUACGGUGAAAACACACCUACAGAAUAAGAGCAUGUGUUGAUUGGUCAGAUGUUCCCAUCGCAGUUUGACCGCUGACCAAACAUGCUUUCUUUCCGUCUUUGGAACAGUUGUAAUCCAUCAGUAAUUUAAAUGAUUGAAAAGAAGCCGGAAGACCUUUGAUUAGUUGAAGAGAAAUCCACCAAUGUUAAAUAACAAUGGAGUUGUUUGCUACAUAUACCGAAAUUGGGGAGCCGGCACGGAACACAUUGGCCACAGAUCUCAGGACAGAAGAAAUAUUAAGAGAUGACCUGAAAUACUACUUCAUGAGCCCAUGUGAAAAAUACAGAGCACGUCGUCAAAAACCAUGGAAACUGUGUGUGCAGAUCUUGAAAAUCAUCAUGAUCACUACUCAGCUUGUCCUGUUUGGCCUGAACAACCAGCUUGUAGUCUCAUAUAAAGAGGAGAAUUUGAUUGCUUUCAAGAAGCUGUUCCUAAAAGGCUACAGUGGCACAGAUGAGGAUGAUUACAGUGUGUCUGUGUACUCUCAGGAAAGUGUCUAUGACAGCCUCUUUUAUACAAUAGAUCAGUUUGCCAAAUUAGGUGACCUGACGGUUGGGCCAGUGAGUUAUGCAGAGCAGGAGAACGGAACUCUGGUACCACUGGCCAUCUGCAAGGAGGCCUACAGGAGAGGCAGUGUGCAGCCCUCAGAAGAGUACUAUGACAUUGACUCCCAGACAGAAACAGUUUGCUUGAGUCUUGAUCCCCGACACAUGGCCACAUGGAAAAAAGACAAUGCAACCUUUUUCAAUCUAGAUUUCUACAGGCUCAUUGACAUUGAGAUCUCCUUCCAACUGAAAGGAAUCAAUCUACAAACAGUUCGUUCUCGAGAGCUGCCUGACUGCUAUACUUUCAGUGGUGUUAUAACAUUUGACAACAAGUGUCACAGUGGAAAGGUGAAAAUAUACCUGGAUGUUGAUGCUCAGAGCAAUACAUGCAAAAACUGGAGGAUCUCAGGAACUGCUCAGAAGAACAUGCACUACCUGCUGGUGUUUGAUGGCUUUGUUAUCUUAGUGUGUCUGGUGUCUGCUGUGCUCUGCACUCGCUCCAUAGUCCUGGCAGUCAGGCUACUUCAGAGGUUCUCAAAGUUCUUUCUUGCGAAUUAUAAUCGCAAGGUAUGUGAGGACGACAAGAGGGAGUUCUUGAAUGGCUGGUAUGUCUUGGUGAUCAUCAGCGAUGUUCUGGCAAUAGUGGGCUCAAUACUGAAGAUGGAAAUUCAGGCAAAGAGUCUUACCAACUAUGACGUGUGCAGCAUCUUCCUUGGGACGUCAACACUGAUGGUUUGGGUUGGCGUAAUCAGAUACUUGGGAUAUUUCCAGAAAUACAAUGUGCUCAUCCUCACCAUGAGAGCUUCUUUACCCAAGGUGCUUCGCUUCAGCUGCUGUGCAGGGAUGAUCUACCUGGGCUACACGUUCUGCGGCUGGAUCGUGUUGGGGCCUUAUCAUGAGAAGUUUGAGGGCCUGAGCCGGGUUGCGGAGUGUCUCUUUUCGCUGGUGAACGGAGACGACAUGUUCACCACCUUUGCCCAGUUCGAGGAGAAGACGACGCUGGUGUGGGUGUUCAGCCGCGUCUACCUCUACACCUUCAUCUCAGUCUUUAUCUACAUGGUGCUCAGCCUCUUCAUAGCCCUCAUCACGGACUCCUACGAGACCAUCAAGAACUAUCAGAAGAAUGGCUUCCCCAUGACAGACCUGCAGAAGUUCCUCAAAGCGCAGAAGGAUUUCCCCCGUGAGGAGGAACGUGCGGAGACCCAGCCAUUCCUCUCCAGUCUGUGCUGCUGCGGAAGGGUUUCAAAAGAUGACACAGUAGUUCUCAUCAGCUGAUGUCCCAUAGAACACCUGGAGAAGAGAAGGAAAGCAAACUAAGGACACUAACAUGCUGAGCACUGCCUGGCUCAGAAACAUGGAGGGGACGUAUGAGAAGAGCAGGGCUAAUGCAGCCAGAAGGGACGACUGAGAUCACAGCAAAUGGGUCGAAAGCAUUUAGCCAUCAGUUCAGUGUGGACGGACAAAUGAUGAGUGGGCCCAAUCAUUGCUCCAUUUGCACAAGGUUUACAGUGUAAAGCAAUGAGAAGGGCUGUAUUGCCGAUUGUGCAUUACCUCAAUUGCGUCAAGGGUAACAUUAUCCCUGCAGUUUAAGUCUAAAUGUGAGUUUCCUGGAAUUAUUUAUCAAUUUUGUGUGUAAUAAAGAAAUGUGACACUUUUACAUUAUAACCAUUUCCA